CUGCCUUGCUUUGGCUUCGCUUUCUAUCUUGUUGCCACUUAAACCAUUUUGAAUCUUGCGGGUAACAAUUGUAUGCCAGUCGAAAUAUACAACGCCGCGAGUCAUCGCGCCGUCGAGAGCCUCGCUGCGAAGUUAAGAAGAAGACAGGUCGUAGGAUCACGACAAGCAGCUCUGGAAACUGCCCUCGUUCUACGCCAGGUUAUUUCCAAGGAACGCUUCCACAAUAUUGGACAGUUGGUGGAGAUCAUCCGGCAUGUAGGAAAGAAGCUCGUUGAGGCUCAACCCAAAGAGCACACUGUUGGCAACACCGUUCGCAAAUUACUCCACCUCAUCCGAGAAGAGUACAACAAUGCCUCGAAAGAGUCGAGUGUUCCCGCUGCAAAGGUUUUCUCCAUCUCCAAGUUCGUGCUACAAGGGCAACCGCGUAAACAGAUCACAGCCGAGAAAGCGGAGUCUACACUGGUGUUGAAGGAAGAUGAUCCGAGCGACCCGGACUCGUUUGCGAGGAUGUUGAAGCCGGUGGUUAUGGAGGCAAUACAAGAUAUCUUGGAUGAGAUUGAGACAGUGUACGACACCAUCUCAAAAAGCGCGAAGGAUCAUAUUCAUUCCGACGAAAUCAUCUUGACCAUCGGAAGAUCAAGUACCGUCGAAACAUUCCUCAAAUCCGCUGCACAUUAUCACAACUUCACCGUCAUUGUCGCGGAAAGCGGUCCGUCAUACGGCGGUCACGAUAUGGCUGGCUCGCUCUCCUCCGCCGGGAUCUCCACCUUCCUCGUUCCCGACUCAUCAAUUUAUGCUCUCAUGUCCCGCGUCAACAAAGUGAUCCUCGGCGCGCAUGCCAUUCUAGCCAACGGCGGCAUGUUCGCUCUCACAGGUUCUCAACUCGUCACAACUGCCGCACGCGCACACAGCACCCCAAUUGUUGUCUGUGCAGGUCAGUUCAAGCUUACACCGCUAUGGAACCUGUACCACGAAUACGGGGCCUUGGAUUUCGCAGACCCGAGUAGUGUCCUAGGGUUUGAGGAAGGUGAUCUGGUGGACAAAGUUGAUGUGGUGAAUCCCUAUUACGACUAUGUGAGACCUGAGCUUGUCGAUGUGUACAUCACCAAUGACGGCGAUCACCCACCACCGUCCAUUUAUCGACUGAUCAAGGAAUCGUACGACGACGAAGACAACGAAUUGUAGAUGUAUCUAGUAUUAUC